CAUAAGCCUAUGUUUGCAGCAAAUAGACUGUGAUUUGAGCAGCUGCGUUGCUUAUGCAAAUAAUUUGUAUGCUGAAAUUAGUGAAAUGCGUAAGGAUUCUGAACAAUCGUUUAAACUAAUUUUUGAAUCAGUUAAAACAAUAGCCGCAGAAUUAGAUUUAGAAAUCAAAAUUCCGCGUUUGGCGAAACGGCAAACUAAUCGCCACAAUUAUGAAGGCGAACCGGAAGAAUAUUACCGCAGAUCAAUUUAUAUACCGUUUAUAGAUCAUUUUUUGGACCAAAUCAAUGAACGAUUUUUAAAACAUCAAGAGCUGCUUUCCAAAAUUGAAAACAUUUUUCCAAAUAAAUGCAUAAAUCUUGACGUUAUUGAGAUGCAGGAGACUCUUCGUGUUUUAGAAAAGCAAUGGUCCGCUGAUGUAGAAGAUCCCGAUGAUUUCGUUGCUGAAUUUAGAAUGUGGAAAAGGAACUGGUUAAAUCAAAGAAAGAGAUCCAAAACUUUUUUAGACGCGUUGAAUUGUUGCAAUGCAAAAAUUUUCAAAACAGUGCAUCGUUUUUUAAAGAUUGGAGCAACAAUCCCUAUAUCUGUCGCUUCAAGUGAACGCUCGUUUUCCUCACUUCGCAGGCUUAAAACAUAUUUAAGAAAUAAAACUGGAGAAGCAAGCCUGAACGGAAUGGCUCUCUUGAAUAUCCACAGAGAUAUGGACAUGACGGAGGAAGAGAUUUUAAAGGUUAUGGCCUAA